UUCCAGUCAUCUACCAGUCACCAUACAGCAUGACGCCGCAGGAUCCUCCAUGUUCAUGGCUUUUUUACUACAGGCCAGUUCCUCUCGGAGGUUUUCGGAGGCCCGUGUACGAAGAUGGGACGACAAGGGUGCUAUGCUUGAGCCAAAUGUUUUCUCCAGACCAGCUAGAAGACGACGAGUACUACCAAAAGUUUUACCGGAGGAUGACGGCGGAAGGACAGAGAUCCGGCGGUAAACUCAGGAGGACCGUCGUCCCACGGCCGGACCCCAGCGGCGCUCCUGUCGCCGGAGUUGGCAAGGUGUUUCUGGAAUACGCCGAUAUCGACAGCGCAGCAUAUUCCAAGACGAUGUUGCAUUGGAUGUGGUUUGAGGGGAGGCAGGUGUUUGCUGUGUUCUAUCCCGAGGACAAGUUUGCUGCUGGGGACUAUGAUGGAUAAAAUGGAAAUCUUACUUAUCUUUAUUGUAAGAAUUAUGUGUCUCAAAGCAUACUUAAGCAUAAUAUGUUUAAAGAUCUGAUUGAUCAUUAGUGGAAUACAAUAAUAUGUAGUAUGUUGGAAAGACAGUAAUGUUGCACGUACGAAUAAGUUACUGGGUUUUACAAAGAGGAU